AGGCCCGCUGCUGGGCUCGAACUGUGGCUACUGUCGCUAUCACGUUUCCAGUGGGCUCCAUACCCUACUAGAACUUUCCUGCUACUCCUAGAAACACUGUCCACAUCCGCAGCAAAGCCAUGGCAACCGAACGCAGUUUCCCCGAUAGCUUCAUUGACGAAGAUCCACAGAAAGCUCUGGAGGCACUAAAUGAGGCCUUGCAAGCAGACUCCAACAACGCUGAGUGGUUAUGCCAGCGUGCCUAUGCCCACACACUUCUCAAAAACUACAGCUGUGCUGUUGAUGAUGCCAAAAAAGCACAGCAGCUACAACCCAGCCUUCCCCUGGCUUUCAUGCGAACAGGAAUAGCAGAAUACCAUCUAAACCACUAUGAGUCAGCACAUGCAGCUUUCACUCAGGGACACCAACUGGAUGUUUCUGACAAAUCAUUUGAGGUGUGGAUAAAGCGGUGUGAGGAGCUGAUGGGAGAGCUGGCACAGAUCGGCAGCAGCAACACGCAGACAGCAGCAGUUCCACCAGUGAAACAUGACUGGUACCAAACAGAAUCUCAAGUCAUUGUCACAGUCAUGGCAAAAAAUGUACCCAAGGAUGGUGUGUGUGUCAACUUCAUGGAGAAAGAGCUCUUUGCCAUGAUACAGCUGGCAUCAGGGGAGAACUUCAACCUCCACCUUCAACUCCUGCACCCCAUCAUCCCCCAACAGAGCAGCUUCAAGAUCCUCAGCACCAAGGUGGAGUUCAAGAUGAAGAAGACAGAUGCCAUCAGAUGGGAGACGCUGGAGGGAGAGGGACAGGAGUCCAACAUCAAACACUUCAAUCCUAAUCAGUACCCGUCAUCGUCCCACUACGCCCACAAAUGGGACAAGAUGGUGGUGGACCUCACCGAGGAGGAGAAAAACGAGAAGCUGGAGGGAGACGCAGCGCUCAACAAGCUCUUCCAGCAGAUCUACUCCGAUGGCUCAGACGAGGUCAAGCGAGCCAUGAACAAGUCCUUCAUGGAGUCAGGCGGUACAGUCCUGAGCACCAACUGGAAAGAUGUGGGCAAGAGAAAAGUGGAGAUGAGCCCACCGAACGACGUGGAGUUCAAGAAGUACUGAGCACCUCCCUCCCUCUCUCCCCUCUGACGCCAUCUUUCUUCACAUUUGUCCGUCUGAGCUCCAGCGGGAGUCCUUGUCGCUCUGCAGUCUCCGUGGCCGUCCACUUCCUCCUCUUCCCGGCCCCUCAGUCGUGCUGUCGCUCUGGUGUUCUCACUAAGCGCAGGGAGCCACAGUGUUCCCACUUUCACUCCACCAAACCACUCAUGGCCUACUCUCUGCAGCACCUCACCACCAGAUGGGCUCAGUUCAUUUGAAUAAUCUGUUGAACGGAUUGAGUUACAUUAUCUGAUUUUUAAAGGCCCACGGACUCAAAAGGGAUUAAAAUAUGACUGACAGACCUGAAAUGCUCCAUUUUAACUUUCACAUCCGGUUUUAGACAUCAUUCUUCUCUCCUCUGCCUCUCCUGGUUUUCUCAAAACGCCCACAGCCUUUCUGUUCGGGAGCCUUUCAUGACUUGCUAUUUAUCAGCACUGUACAGAAAUGUAAAGUUCUUAAAAUAACCAAUUGAGAUGUUUAAAUAACAACCCAAUUCCAUUUCUCCUCUCAUGCAGUUUUUUUUUCUGUGCACUGAGUAAAAAAUCAACAGCAAUACUCUACAGGCUUGUCUGGAAUCUGUGUGACAUGUCAGCCAGUGGCUUAGCACCGGCCGCUCCCUCAAUGUGAUUCAAGCUUCACUGUAAAUAAAAGAUUUGUUGUUUGGCU